UCCAGUGGCCCGCUUCGGUGCAUACUGGCGAUGCGGGAAUAUGUACCUGCAUCUCCAGAUGUUACUCUAAAUUAGACGACUAGCGACCAGUCUGCUUCGUCACGCAGGGACCCCGGAGCAGCCAGCCCUAUGUGCGAACAGCAAAUACUGCGUCGCAGGCCAGUCGAAGUCGAAGAGCCGCAAGCACUGACGUGUAGCUUCCAUCAGGGCGGCCAACAUGGCUGGAGUGUGCUUCGCUUGUGACCCUUCGGCGCAGGAAAGCGCUCGGAAAAGCAAAGCAAGUCGCAAAGCUACGUCGAAGGCGCCUUCUAGCCCCGAAGAGCAUGCUGAGGAAGAACCUUCGAGCCAAGGUGAGACUAGUAGAGGCCGAAAGAAGGGGCGAGAGAGGUCACCGAGCGCAUCAGCAAGCGGUAGCAGCCGUAGCAAGCGCAAAGCGAAGAAGGGCCGGCGACAGAGUCAGUCUUCAAGCAGAGUAGCAAGGGGCAAGCGUACGGCUAAGAAAGUGCAGCGUGGACGAAGCGGGUCAUCUGGCAGCAGCGGAAGUGGGACAAGGCGCAAGACCAGACUAAGGCAAGCUUCUGUGGACAAGUUAGCAAGACGCACCAGAAACAUAGGCAAGGCAAGCAGGCAGCGCGAACGAAGACACAAAUCAUCUAUCAAGGGCAGUGUGCGAAAGGCUAAGGCUAGAAAGGCUGAGCGUUCAAGAAUCAAGUCACGAAGUGCGCUUAGUGCGCUUAGUGUGGGCGCGGCAACACCCAGGAGAACUCGCAGGUCAAGGAGCAUAUCGUCUGGCAGCAGCCGAAGCAAGAAACAGCGUAACCACAAGAGCAGCCAGAAAUCCAAACGUACGUCCUCCAGACGCAUAAAAGACGCGAGCGCGUUUAAGAGGCAUCGUGGGUCAAGAACAAGGUCAUUGAGCCGAGUCAGCGGACAAAAUAGCAGGAUCAGAAAAGCUUACCGCGCUAGCAGCUCAUUGAGCUUGAGCUCAGUAGACAAGCAUGUGGCUAAGCCGACUCGGAGGCCGAGGAGAAAGUCGUCGGGCAGCAGCAGAAACGUGAGAACGUGCAAGACUACACGAAGGCACACAUCUGGGAAAGCGUCUUCGAGGAGCAGCACAGGAACAAGCACAGCUACGAGGCGGAGCAUAUCAAUUCCUACGUCCUCGAGCAGAAGAAGCGGGCAGAGGACUAGGUUUAUUAAGGCAGAAGCAAAGCGCAAGUCAAGAACCAGGUCAUCGAGCUUGACCACAGGGCAUAAGAGCUCAACUAAGAACGCUCGGUCAUCAAGAAGCAAAUUGUCUGGCAGCAGUCGGAGUGAGAAAAAGCGCAAGGCAAGAAUGAGACAUGCAUCAGAAAACUUAUCCUCGAGGAGCAGCAGCAGACUCGCACGCAAGACAAGGAGACGUAGCGCAUCAACACAAAGAGCAUCGAGCGGUGGCCGCAGUGCCAAGCCUAGCGCUAUAAGAGUUGGGCCAUCAAAGAGCAGAUCGUCAGGCAUUGCUAGUGGGAGGAAGCACUCUGCUAAACGGAUUCAGCGAUCAGCCUUGUCGUCAAAAAGCAGUCGUAUUCGGACGACGCUGGGGACAGAAAUGCGUGGCGUCAAGAGAACCAGGAAAAGAAGCAAGGAAAGUGGACGCGAACCCAGUGCCAAGAAAGCUCGGCGAUCAGAAAGCACGUCGUCGACACGCAAAAACAGUCGGAUAAAGCUCAAGGCUAAAGUACAGCACUCGUCCGUCAGCAAGUCUCCGAAUAGAAGUGUGAGCGCGCGUCGGGUCAAGAAAAGCCCAAGUGCGAGCUCGUCUUCCGUAAGGUCGGGUCGGCAAAACAGCGCAGCUCAGAGGGUUCGGCGGUCAAGCACUGCUUCGGCGAGAGGUGAAAGCAGCCGUUCAAACCUCCGGACAAAAAAGCGACGCAAGUCUGCUAGCAGGUCUAUGAGUAGCAGUGUUGGAAAAAAGGUCGGCAUUAAGAGUAACCGAAAGUCUAGGAGCGUGUCAUCAAGUAUAGCCAGCGGGCACAGUCGCACUGCUAAGAAGGCUCGGCGGUCAAGGAGCUCCUCGAAAGGUAGCAACAGUCGUCCAAAGCUGAAGGCCAAAAAGCAACGCACGGUAAGAAGUAGAUCUCUCAGCAGCAGUGCUAAAGGGAAACGGCGAAGGGCAGCAAGCGCGCCUUCAACCAGCUCCGCUUCCCACAAAGGCAGGGCCACGAAGGCACGUCGACCAUUGACCUUGUCGUCAACCAGCUCGAGCGGCAAGGCGAAGAACCAAAGGUCCGUAAAUAUCUCAAGCGCUAAUGGAGUGUGUUUAGCGUGCGUGGCAUCGGAGAAUACUACCGACAAGGAGAGCAGCAGCAUUGAGUCGCUUAUAUCGACAAAGCCAUCCCGUAUCAAAGCGGUCAAGGGUGGAAAGAGUAGCACCACCAAGAAACGAUCAAGGUCGUCAAGCCCAGUCACCCGCCACAAACAAGGUGCCAAGAAGGUCAACCGUUCAACACGUAGUAUUUUGUCGAGUAGCACGGGAGGAACAGCCUCGAGGGCUAAAAAGCAACACCGCUCAAGAAGCGCUACGUCAAACCGAACCAAGGCCACAAAACCCAGAGCCGACAGUCAGCUCAAGUCAAGGCGCAGCACACCGAGCAUCAGUAGUGACCUACAGGCAAAUAAAAGGAACAAGAGUCGACGGUCUAGAAACUCCUCGAGCGCGAACAGCAAGUCCAAGACGAAAAGGAAUACCCGGCCAAGAAACCGCUCGCCAUUAACGGACCGGAAGCCGAAAGUUAACGCCGUGCACGGUGGAAAGAGAAAGGCAGCUAAAGAAGGACCUGCUACUCGGAAAGUCAUUGUAGAAGAGACCACGGCCGUCACUGUAACUGAGGAUGAACUCGUGACAACUUCUCCCGAAAACAAAUCGAGCCAUGUAUCUGCUACUAGGACGAUGUCCGAGACGUCCGAGCACCAAGCCGAAGAGUGAGACAGCUAGUGAAAAGGCUAAGUCUACGAUAAAAACAGCAAAAACAUUGAAGCACAAAGCAAGCCAACAAGUUCAAAUGCAAAGUACACCGUUGCAAGUGAAGUAAGAACGGAAUGUGUAGAAGCAGAUGCUGAAAACUGAGAACUAUUGAAAGCUGAGAAGUAACAUUGUUGAAAGCCAGCCAUGUUGUGACUUUAAUAAGCUGGGGCCCUUGGCAGGCGUUCUCCCGGGGCUAGUUGACGAGUAUAGGCUAGACGAAGUAAUUUAUUUCUGGAAGCCGAACGCUGCGGAUAACUGGAGCUUCCAUGAUCGGCCGUUUGGUUAGUGCUUUCGCCAAGUUCAUGUUAUUGAACUGAAAUUGAAAGCCCUACGUGGCUCCUACUAUGAAAAAUUGGUAUGCGCGCCAUUGGAAACUUAUAGUACCACUUUGCUAUUAAAGUAUUUUUCCUUGUUGAGUA